AUGACUGAGGCGACCGGGGCCUCUCCCGUCCUCGCCGACAUCGUUGAGCGGCUCAUCGGAAACGGCGCGGAACCUCGCAGCAUGCUACGCCCCAUUCAGGCCAUUGUGGGGAGGCCCUUUCCACGAUGCCUCUCAGACCGAUGCUACGGCCAGCGCACGGCGGACUCGCGAUGCCGCGGCGAGGCGAUGCGGACCACCCCUGCGACAGCCGCGGGCCUCACUCAUGGACUCACGGCCCACGUGCAGCCGGAGGUCGACGGAGGUGCGGACAACCACGCAGAUCCCGUCAGGCUUGGCCUGUAUGCGGGCACUGGCGUGAUGGCCACACUGGCGCGUCAGCACCAGUGGAAGGCAAAGGAGUUUGCAGACCUGGCACGGGGCUACUACGCCGUGCCGCUGUGCUUCCCCAAGACAGAGGCGGAAUCUCCCGCGCCGGUUCAGGGCGAGGCAUACGUCGAGCUUUUACUGCAGUUUUUGUGCAGCACUGUCCGAACGCAUCGCGAGUGUGCUACAGCGGCGUUGCAGGCACGGCUCAUGGUAGAUGCGAAGCUGCGGGAGCGGUGCGCUUUUGGCCCUGGCUGCGCGCAGCUGCUGCAUUUGCUCAUCACUGAGCUUUCCUCCGGCCACACGGUGCCGUGCAGCACCGCCGCGGAGUGUCUUGUAUGGCUCCUCUACGACAUCACCCCCGAAGUGGUGGAGGCAGUGGGGGAGAUUGGCGUUCCCCCAACAGACGCGGCCGCACGCGCAGAGGAGGCGCGGCAGCAUGAGGAUACCACCACCGACAACAAUGAAACAACGUUUGCGGAUCUCUCUGAGUGGAUGCGGAGCGGCGAAGACAAGGCCCGCGCGCUGGAGCAGCUGGGGUUGACGACGAGCGUCAUGGAUGCACUUGGUGUGCUUCGACCGUCGGUGGCCGCACGGCUGCUGCUGGGCGGCGGAGUCUUGUCGCUCCCACCCGUUGCCGUGCGCUUGGCGUCUGACCCGCGCUACGCUGGGUUUGUGGCGGAACGGUUGGGCAGUGUGGUGGCGGGGGUCACACCGCUUGGGGAGAUUGUGGAGGAGCUGCUUGUGCUGCGGCGGGUGCUGCACGUGAGGCAGGCCUGCAUCGCGCUGCUGCCGCUGCUGCAUGAGGUCCUCGUUCUGUUCCUCCGCCACGUGUGCGCCGCACCCGGCGAGGAGCUGCACUCUCUCAUGGAAGUUGUAGCGUGUCUCGCGGCUUUCCUCGUGCUUCGCGCCUUUGUACGCCAUGGGCUGUUUGGUGUCUUCCACGACAUUGGCGACACGCUGUUCACGGCGGUUGGCGUGGGUGCAUGCAUGCCGGCAGAAAUGUGGCUGCUCCUCACCGCCGCCCCGAUAGAGGCAUGCGGCGUGGAGUUGGCACGUGUCGCACUGCAGACGCUGCUGCCGCGUAUGCAGGCAGUCGAGGUCGGUGUGGGGGACGCGGCGUCACCGGGCCACUGCGUUGCGCUCCUCGCCACCCUCACUUCGACGCACUACCUGGCAACGUACUUCACCGUCAUUGGAGGUGCGGCGGAGGCGUCGGCGCUGCUCGGAUUUGCGGGUGAGACCCAACAGUGUGUGCAGGACAUGCUGGCUAACUGCCUGCUGACCUCCACGGGGCUGCAGCACGCAUUCACCCGAUUUUGGGAUCAUCGGGUCGUUGGAGGCGCCACCACCCCAGAUACUCCACCGUUCAUGUUGAAUAUGCAGUCGUUUGUAGAGGCAGCUUGGGCCUCGCUGACUCACGCACGAGUUCGCCUGAUGGCCGCAACGCACAACGCCUUUCCCGCCUUGCGCUGCGAGGCAUCGAUGGGAUACGCCGCGGCUCUGGCCAUUGACUUUGAGCAGCACUGCAUGGCUCUUUCCCAAUUAACGGGGCACCUGCUGCCGGACGAGUUGUGCACCAUGAUUGAGGUGGCCGGCUUCAUGCAUCGGCACACGCGCACCAUGCCGGUUGAUCAACGGCGGCACUACACGCGAGACACGUACGUUGCCGAGAUAUUUAUUCUGCAUGGCAUUGCCGCGACGAAGCACUGCCUGGACGCCGCCCCCACGAUGAUAGCAGCGAUGCUUGGGUUUUAUAACGACACCGAAUUUGGCGCGGGGGCCGCUGCACUCCCACCGUCGCCGCCAUCACCAGUUUUCGAGUUAGGGCAGAGCUUGGGCCGUGCUGUUGUACAGACGCAGUGGCCGUGGUUUCUCUUCCCUCUCUAUGACACGGAGCUCACGUGUAAGUCCGCCUGGUGCGCGUGGCUGCAGCAGGCACUCGGGGCACACCAGUGCAUGAAACGCCUCUUGGGAUGGGAUGUGAUUUUGUGUCACGCCCUCAAGUGGGCCGUGCUGCACCGCGAGACGCAGCGGGAUUGGGCAAUUCAACACGAAGGGAGUGACGGCGCGUUCUCCUCACAGGACGCAGAUCUCAUGGUGCUGCUGGAGGCGCUCUGCAGCGGGGUGCUGCCGUCUUUGGGGGGCGUCAUUACCGAUACAGCUGCCGACACUCUGAAGGAGCUUACUGCCUACGCCGCUCCGCACGCGGAGGAAUCGAUGAGCAGGCGUCUUGUUGCGGCACUUGCGGUGACCGCCACGGCCUGUGCACCGCCCGUUGCCGUCGCGCUCGCUCGGCUUAUUGCCCACACCGUCGUAGGGGGGAACGACACACGGCGCGGCGCCUCACCCCCGGCUCAGCCUGCUGCUGCCACCACCACCACCACCACAGAGAGCGCCAAUGCAAGUGACGGGUGUGGCAGCGACUGUACAUCCUCUGUGAGUUCUGAACAUCUUUUGAGGCGGUGGGCCGCGACAGGGCGGCUGAGCGAUGCACUGCCGCCCACUGGAGCCGUGACGUGGGAGUUAGGGGACUUUGUGGAGCUCCUGCAGGUGGUGGCAGAGCGGCAGGGGGCAUUCAUGCGUGCGGGCCAACUGGGAGGCCUCAUCCUGCAGCACCUCGUGGAGGGUGCCGCCCGGGCCUACCUGCGCCAGCACCACCCACCGACUGCCUUUGAGCGCCAGGUGCUGCGCCGCAUGCAGGCGGAGCUGACGUGGUACCCGGCGUGUCUGCACGAGGCCCUGGCCGACCCGCAAGGGCCACACCAAUAG